GGGUCGCGCAGCGCGCUCCCGCCGCCCCUCCCGCGCGAGCUCCACCCAGGUCGCAGGCAGCGCGGUCGGCGGCGCCUAUUUCCCGCCAUUGUGCGAAGUGGAGCCCGGGGGUCUGCACGCGCAGCCUGUCGGUCUCCCGCAGUUCCUCGGCGGCCGCCCCCACCACAGCCGCGGUUUCCUGAGGUCGGGCGAACAGCUCCGCGAGGCUCGCUCUGCGUGGGAAGGCGCGGGCGAGGAGCUGCCAAGCCCCCGAGGAGGAGCCACGGCGCGGGACGCCGGGCCGCGUUGGCCCCGGCCCGUCGGCGAGAUGCCCUGUGGGGAGGAUUGGCUCAGCCACCCGCUUGGAAUCGUGCAGGGCUUCUUCGCCCAAAAUGGAGUUAAUCCUGACUGGGAGAAGAAAGUAAUUGAAUAUUUUAAGGAAAAGCUGAAGGAAAAUAAUGCUCCUAAAUGGGUGCCAUCACUGAAUGAGGUUCCCCUUCAUUAUUUGAAACCUAACAGUUUUGUGAAGUUUCGAUGCAUGAUUCAGGAUAUGUUUGACCCUGAGUUUUACAUGGCAGUUUAUGAAACGGUUAACCGAAACACAAAAGCACGUGUUCUUCAUUUUGGAAAAUAUAGAGAUGUAGCAGAGUGUGGGCCUCAACAAGAAGUUGAUUUAAACUCUCCACGAACUACCACUUUGGAAAGACAGACUUUCUAUUGUGUUCCAGUGCCUGGGGAAUCUAUGUGGGUAAAAGAAGCCUAUAUUAAUGCAAAUCAAGCUCGAGUCAGUCCUUCAACGUCCUAUACUCCCAGUCGUCACAAGAGGAGUUAUGAAGAUGAUGAAGAUAUGGACCUACAGCCUAAUAAACAGAAAGACCAGCAUGCAGGCGCCAGACAAACAGGGAGUGUUGGUGGUCUUCAGUGGUGUGGAGAGCCAAAACGUUUAGAAACUGAAGCGUCUACUGGGCAACAGCUGAACUCCCUGAACCUCUCUUCUCCUUUUGACCUGAAUUUCCCACUGCCAGGAGAGAAGGGCCCUGCGUGCCUUGUGAAGGUCUAUGAAGACUGGGAUUGUUUCAAAGUAAAUGACGUUCUUGAGUUAUAUGGCAUACUGUCUGUAGAUCCUGUGCUAAGUAUCCUGAAUAAUGAUGAAAGGGACGCCUCCUCACUCCUGGAUCCGAUGGAAUGCACGGACACAGCCGAGGAGCAGAGAGUACACAGUCCUCCUGCCUCCUUAGUGCCAAGGAUUCAUGUGGUUUUAGCCCACAAGUUGCAGCACAUCAAUCCGUUAUUGCCGGCUUGCCUUAACAAAGAGGAGAGCAAAACCUUUGUGUCAAGUUUCAUGUCCGAAUUGUCUCCAGUCAGAGCAGAGCUGCUUGGGUUCCUCACUCACGCCCUUCUGGGAGAUAGUUUGGCUGCUGAGUACCUUAUAUUACAUCUCAUCUCUACAGUAUACACAAGAAGAGACAUUCUUCCACUAGGAAAAUUUACAAUUAACUUGAGUGGUUGCCCGCGGAAUAGUACCUUCACUGAACACUUAUAUCGAAUUAUUCAACAUCUUGUUCCAGCAUCCUUUCGUCUACAGAUGACUCUAGAGAACAUGAACCAUUUGAAACUCAUUCCCCACAAAGACUAUACAGCCAAUCGCUUGGUCAGUGGGCUCCUCCAGCUGCCCAACAAUACUUCUCUUGUAAUCGAUGAAACUCUCCUGGAACAAGGGCAGCUUGACACCCCAGGUGUUCAUAAUGUGACUGCCCUGAGCAACCUAAUAACUUGGCAGAAGGUGGAUUAUGACUUCAGUUACCACCAGAUGGAAUUCCCCUGCAAUAUUAAUGUUUUUAUUACUUCAGAGGGGCGAUCACUCCUACCGGCAGACUGCCAGAUCCACUUACAGCCACAGCUGAUCCCACCAAACAUGGAGGAGUACAUGAACAGCCUUCUCUCAGCGCUGCUGCCUUCUGUGCUGAAUAAAUUCCGCAUUUAUUUGACCCUCUUGAGGUUCCUGGAUUAUAGCAUAUCUGAUGAAAUAACCAAGGCAGUGGAAGAUGACUUCGUGGAAAUGCGCAAGAAUGAUCCUCAGAGCAUCACAGCUGAUGACCUCCACCAGUUGCUCAUCGUAGCUCGGUUUCUGUCUCUCAGUGCUGGUCAGACAACACUGUCAAGAGAACGAUGGCUAAGAGCAAAGCAGCUCGAGUCUUUGAGAAGAACCAGGCUCCAACAGCAGAAAUGCGUGAACGGAAAUGAACUUUAAAGAUCUAAUACAUGUGAAAGAGUAAUGGGCAAAUUGUAGCCACACUAUUGUAAAAUUCAAAUAUCAUUUAUACCACAUUGUUUUGUAGAUAAUUUGUAUUAAAAACCAAUGACUUUUCCUGAAAUCAAGCCUGGUAACAUCUGAAGUUUAUAUAAUAUUCAGUAAGGGCUUUUACCUUACUGAUUUUAUGGAGCUUUUGAAGUUUGUUUUAUAAUUAUAUAAAUUAGUAACAAUGUACAAAAAUUUAUUUGAUAUUAAAAGUUUAAUAUUGAU